AUGAAUCUCUUUUCUUUUUUUUUUUUUUUUUUUUUUUUGCUGAUUUCAGAGACAAACGCCGAUUAUCACCGUCCCGAAGUUAGCCGAAUUAGAGUCUCGGCAAACAACGCGGAUGUUAUACCACGUGACCCUCGCCUCCGCCACUCAUAUCUAAGCAAAUCUCGCACACCUCUCACACGGAAGGAACCGCUGUACGAUGAAAACCAAGACUUUCUUGGAACGAUUUCCCCUCACCCGCCUUCUCAUUUCUUUCUUUCACUUAUAUUGCUUCUUUUUCUCUCAUUUUAUCUACUUUUCUUUCUUUCGCACUGUCUAUAUUACUUUCCCUCUCUUUAUUCUUCGUUCUCUUUUUCUUUUUUAUCAUGUCCCACUCUUUCUUAUUUAUUGUACCGUAAACUUUCCUAUCUCAUUACGCUUUUUAAUUCUCUCUCUUUGUCUCUUAUGUCGCAUUUAUUUCACAUUUUCUUUCACUGUUAUUGUAUCUUAUUCUUUCUUUUUCCUUUUUUCUUUCUCCAUUACGUUAUUACAUUCAUUCUUUUCUCCUUUAUGGUAUCUCACUCUUUUUUUCUCUCUUAUUUUUGUCUUUCCCUUCUAGCAUUUUAUCUAAGUCUUUCUUUCUCUCUCAUUGUAUCAUAUAACUUCUUUCUUUUUAUUUUCUUCCUGUCUCUCCGAUUGUGUGUAAAUCUUUCUCUCUCGUUAUAUUUCCCUUCUUGUUCUUCUUAUGAGAUUUCAUCUUACUAUUUCUUCAACAUUCACACCGCUCUUUCUUUUAAAUCCCUCUUUCUUUCUUUCUUUCUUUCUUUCUUUCUUUCUUUCUUUCUUUCUUAUUAUAUUUCCCUUUAA